AUGACUGGAGAAGAUCGUGCGAAUCGCACGUUUCGUUCGAUAUUUGGUGAUAAAGAAAAACGACAUGAGGACGUGCUUUAUUUAGAGCUGGAGCAAAGAGACAGUAAUGUAUCAAUUGCUUCAGAUGCAGGUAUUGAACUGGCUCUAAAUGAUGACGAUGACGAAACCAUGUGGAACGAUGAAGUUGUGGUGGAGGAUGACGCCAGUUUCCAGCACAAUAAGACUGAUAUCAUCCCACUACUUCACUCUGCACAACGCAAGUCCAUGGAAGAAUGGGCAGACGAGGACGACGAAGAAGAAAAUUGGAAAGAUGCAUUGCAAGAUCGUGUAAACCAGCUGGAACUUGCAUUUCAACAUAAUGAUGACGCACUCGCUGCACAUUCGAGACGUCAACAUGAUGAGCAACAAGUGCAACAGUUGUCAGUCCAUGAUACGACUCAGUGUACUGAUUUUAGUCAAUCCGUACCAAUACCAUUGACACGAUUUGCUGCUGCAAAUGGAGACUCGGAUCGAGUUCGACAAUCGAAUCGUCAUAAAAUGCAACGCACAUCUUCGUCACAUGCGUGGAUCACUGGUGACAAUAAUACUGUCACGUCCAAUCGUCCGAACCGGCUUUGGAACUUUCAACGGAAAGUCGCUAGUGGAACACCAGCGACCAUGCUGAACCAAAAUCGACGCAUGCGAUUAACGUCUAUCGAUCUUGUAGGUCGUCACAGCCAAACAGUGGGGCACCAUUGCAAGCGCUCAAGCUCUUUGGGUGGCUCAACCAGCAGGACAGAAUCGCCUCGUCAUUUAUUGUUAUCAGAGAAUUCGUUUGACAAUAGUCGAAGCAGUCUCGGACGAAGUCGUAGUAGUAGUAAUCUCGACGGUACCAACGCACUUCCAUCGGCCAUUGCUAUAUCUUCAUCAAGAGCUGCAGUAUUCAAAAAUAUGAGCGACACCGAAGCCAUUCGCCGUUUUGUGCUUGAAGACGCCAAAACUAUGUCGAUGGAGCGACUUGUAAGCGAUGCCCAACGAUUACAUUUUCUAGAAGGAUUCUACCAAAAUCGGCAUCUUACUCCGUCCGUCACGACUUCGACCGCGGUGUCUCCAUCGUCACUAGCUUCCUCGUCUUCAGCCAUGUCCACAUCCUGA